AUGAAAUCAACCUCGGCAAUGGUGCCAUCAUGGCUUGAGAAUCUAUUGUCGACAAGAUUCUUCUCUCUGUGCAAUGUGCACAAGAAACAAUCUAGGAAUGAAUGCAAAAUGUUCUGUCUCGAUUGCAACAAUGAAGCAUAUUGCGCACAUUGCAUAGCAUAUUCUCAUGAAAAACACCGAGUUGUUCAGAUAAGGAGAUCAUCUUAUCAUGAUGUUGUGAGAGUGAAAGAGAUUGAAAAUGCUUUGAACAUAACUGGGAUUCAGACAUAUAGAAUCAAUGGUUACCAGGUCUUUUUCCUGAUUACAAGGCCUAUUAAUCCAAAUAAUAAGAGCCUUGUGUGGACAAAGACGAGUGAGAAGGAAAGCAUCCCCAUUGAAGGAGUUUCAAGAACCAUGCUAUCACAGUCUGCUCAGCUGCCCACCACUGCUGUUCCUACGCCAUCCAAUGCAAAUUCAAGGAAAAGAAAAGGAACACCUUGUAGGGCUGCUUCUUAA